AGCAGGUUGCAAUGGGGACGAAGGGUAGAGGCUGGAGCCACAAUUGAUACCACCUGCAGCUCAUCAGCAUGCUCGUUAGCCGGCUUUACUCCUGGCUAUUUAGGAUCAAGCAGGAGCUCCAGUCUUCGCCAGAUUGUCAUUAUAUGCAGCGUGCCUAAGACCUUGAUCCCUCAGUUAACCUCAGCACCCAGGAUUUGGACUACUCAUCAUACCAAGCCGCCUGCCUACCUGUGUAGAGGAUUAAAAUGAAACUCAAAUGAUAAACAGAGUUAAAUGCUGGGAUCCCAUUUAAAAUGCGGGAAACUGAGCCCAGUGAGGAUGAUAACUUACCAGAUGCUGAACUGGAGACUCCGCUACCCUCAACAAGUCAAGACCACAACUGUGAGAUCGAAACGAGACCACAGCGACCUCGGAGACAGCGAAGACCACCAAGAACACUGAGAUACCACAAAAUUGGAACUCCGUCCUGUUAUAGUCUGGCUGCAUUACACACCUAUGUGUGCUGUGUUGUACACAAGCUGCAGCGGUCAGCGGCGCCUCCGCAUUCACAACAUGGCGGUCAACUGCUGCUCUCAGCUGGCUGACCUCUACCGUAACUGUGAGACGGACACAAUCAUCAACUUCUUCUCCAAAUACGCUUUCCGAGGCGUCUUAAACAACCCCACAAAGGCAGUCAGAGACACUCUGGUCAACCAGUGUGCUCAGAUUCUGGCUUGUUACAGAAAGAACUGUUCUAGUCCUUCAUCUGCUGGUCAGCUGAUUCUCCCAGAAUGCAUGAAGCUGCUUCCCGUGUAUCUGAACUGCGUGCUGAAGAGUGACGUGCUGCUGCCGGGAGCUGACGUCUCGCUGGACGACAGGGCUUACCUCAGGCAGCUGAUCAGCUGCAUGGACGUCGCAGAGACCCACAUCUUCUUCUACCCCCGCCUGCUGCCACUGAUGAAGUUGGAAAGUGGGUCGUUACCGGUGGCAGUGAGGGACUCGGAGGAAAGGUUGUCAAAAGGCGGCGUUUACCUCCUGGAGACGGGGCUCCACCUCUUCCUGUGGGUGGGAGCCAGCGUCCAGCAGGAGCUGCUCCUCAACAUCUUCGGCACUCCGAGCUUCAGCCAGAUCGACUCGAACAUGACAAGUCUGCCUGUUCUGGACAACCCCUUCUCCCAGAGACUCCGAGAAAUCGUUGACUCCUUCAGAGCACAGCGGUCACGAUACAUGAAGCUGAUGGUGGUGAAACAGGAAGACAGAGCCGAGCUGAUAUUCAAGCACUUCUUAGUGGAGGACAAGAGCGCCAGCGGGGGAGCGUCAUACGUGGACUUCUUGUGUCACAUGCACAAGGAGAUCCGCCAGCUUCUCAGCUAGGCCUCGUUAAUCACACCUUCACCUCUGAUCCCCACCACAGACACACCUCCACCCAACCCUGGUCACCUUUCACCCUCCCAUGUGAAAGGAAGCGCUUUAUUUCCCCCUUCUUUCCUCCUUUUUUUUUUUUUUUAUUAACCUAAUAAACUAAGCUCUCCUUGCUGUCUGUCAGCUGAGCACCAGAGACCAGCUGGCGGAUCACAGCAUGUCUGAUAGUGUGUAAGAAGUGAGAUUGAUAAUGUGAUCUUAGCAAAGCUUAACUCUGCCUCAGAUCUACUGCUCCCACACAGCAGGAGCAGAAUAACUGACAAGGAAGGGUAAUGUAUAUACACAAGUGAACAAUUAUGUAUGCAACAGACAGAGUGAUGGAGGUGGCUGGUGUUAACUGUAGUUGCUGUACUGUCUGUAUUAUUAGCACUGAAAGGCUGUUUUGGGGGGGUGCAUAAACAACUCUAAUAGCAAACACUUUUUAUAUGAUUGAAUCCCAAUACAAUGAUGGACAUCUAUGUAUGAAAAUGGAAUUAAAUAAAUGCUGUUCUAUCUGUCUCUUAUCCACUUUAAUCAUGGCCUUAGUACCUGCUCCCCAUGCUGCUCCAAUCAUCCAUAAUGUAAGUGUGUGCUUGUUUUCAGAUGUAAGGAUUAGCCCAGUUUUUAUCUCCUGCUAUGUUUCCAGGUGUAACGUCCAACUCAAACUUAAAUACAGAAAGCAUUUACAGAACAGUUUUAAAAUAAAUAAAUCUGGUUUCACUGGAAAUGAGUCUACAUAAGACUGAUGAGUAAUCACACAUUUUGAUAUGUUAAUUCCCUUUAAUGGUGCAAACAUCUGGCUCCGUUUGGAUUCAGAUGAACUAGAUGUUCAUUUUAGAUUAAAAACUCUGAGGCAUGGGAGCUUUUCUUUUCAGCACGGCAGUGAUGGAACACCUCUAAUCGUGAGUGACGUAGUGCUGCAGACUUUAUAUUAAUCAGAAGAGUUCGUCUCCUGAGCACAGAGUGACAACAGAUGGUUGAACACCAGGUCAUGUUUGCAGGUUUUGAGUUGUUCCCCACUGAAGAGUUGAAAAUGUGUUCGGCGUGUAAAUAGAAUAUAUAAUCUGUACAGAAUUAAUAGAAAAUAACAAUUUUAACAGCUUGCCUGAGCAGCUGUGGUCGGUUGAUGGUUUCUCUGUCACUAUUAGCCAAAAUAUAAAAUCAUGGCUUUUACUGACGAGAGGAAGAUGGGCUUUUUAUUAUUAUUUGUGUGAGUGCAAGAUGUGUGUGUGAAAGUGCGGUCGGUCCUGGUGAAUUUCUCACGGGGGAACAGAGGGAUCAGCCAACACACGAACACACAUUACUCUUGAGAUUAAAUGCUGUUUUCAUUUAUCACUUUUUCUUUUUUUUUUUUUCUUUUUUUUAUGUGACUUUGUGUUUGGUGUGUGUGUGUGUGUGUGUGUGUAGCCCUCUGUUCCAGCUUUGUGUUCACUGAUUCUGAUUGACCCACCGUCUUGACUGUAAUUUCAUUUUCUCUUCCUUUGACUUUUUUUUCAUUGCCUCUUGGGACUGCUAAUAAAAUGAUUGUUAAAAG